UGUCCAGCAAUUUCAUUGGCCAGUUCUAUGCAGCCUCCUAAUAAGGACAAGUGAUUAGGCAAGGUUUCUAAAUGACCGAAAAGGGGCGUUUCCUGCAGAAAGAAAAUUUAAAAGGAAAAUUAAUGGCUGCACAAAUGGAGCGACAUAAUGCUGUUACUUAUAAUAGCGCACGCAUCUCUCCGACAGCUGUUGUAGCAUUGUCUGCACAUCGAUAUAUUGCUCUCUAUCAAGACUAUCUUGAAAGGCACCCAGUCCUCACUAAAGCACUAACAAGUGGUAUCCUAGCUGCGCUGGGGGAUGCAACGUCACAGCUGGUCAUACAGAUUGGAAAGACUGGACCAAAACACUACCAAUGGAGGAGCACAGCUGCCUUUGCUGGUUUCAGUAUGGUGGUCACUGGCCCAAUCACACACUAUCUCUAUCAGUUCCUUGAAGCUGUUGUCCCUCGUAAAUCAAAUUUCUCCUCUCUCCGUAAAGUGAUCUUGGAACGACUCAUUUUUGCUCCUCCAUAUCUACUGGCCCUGUUCUACACGGUGGCCAGAAUGGAGGGAAAGUCCCACAGUGAGGCGUGGUCAUUCAUCAAGGCUUUCUUCCUGUCGGCUCUCAUCAAGAACUGGAUUGUGUGGGGAGUGGCACAGUAUGUCAACAUGAGAUUUGUGCCAAUCAAGUAUCGAGUGCUGUUCGCUAACAUGAUCUCUCUAGUGUGGAACUUUUACAUAGCCAUCAUUAAGAGAUAACUCUGAACUCUAUAUAUCUCUCAUGUAUUAUGUAGUGUGUUCUAUUUACCUCCAUUUACUGACAAUUGUCUGUGACUUUUAUUACUCUAUGCACAUGGUAUGUGAUAAUUAUUUGAACACACCUUA